AUGGCGGCGCAGGGUCCCAGGAGCGAGCCCACGUCCGUAAUUGUAACGCAAUUGCCCAAAGAAGCGUAUAGAAGACCAAUUAAUGACUAUUUCGGCCAAAUUGGACCCGUCGUCAGAUCACAUCUAGUCAGAGAUGAUGAGGGCAAUUCAAAGGGCAUUGCCUACAUUGUGUACGCAACACAAGAGGAUGCUGAGAGAUGUGUGGAACAACUCAACAAUACUAAAUUUCAAGAUAAGGUGAUCCACGUAAAGUUGACAAAGCAGAAAGGAGGCAGGAAGAUACAUGAAGAAGAAGAAAAUGAAAGCCCAGAAGUUAAAGAAGAAGCCAAUGAUUUUCACGAAGAGGAACCGGAAUAUAAGUACAACAACCGGUGGAACCCAGCGAAGGAUAGGAACUUGCGGAAACAGGGACGAAUUGUCGUGAGGAAUUUGUCCUUCAAGGUUGAUGAAGACAUAGUCAGAGAACAUUUCUCAAAAUAUGGAGUCAUUGAUGAAAUUAAUUUAUUGCGCAAGAAGGAUGGCCAGCUUGUGGGUUGUGGUUUUAUCCAAUACAGAAGCAGAUAUGAAGCUCAACGUGCCAUAGAGGAAUGUAAUAUGAAGCCACUGUUAGGUAGAACAAUAGCUGUGGAUAUAGCCGUCCCAAAGGAGAAGUUCACGGGGAAGAAUGAGAGGGCAGAGAGCUCCUACACAGGCUAUGGAGAUGACCCGAGGAAUUCAACAGCAGGACCCAAUGAGAGAUUCUAUUACAAGGACGAACAGAGAGGAAACAACCACGUCAUCUUUGGCGAGGAAGACACGGAUUAUCUUAAUGUUAAAAUAAAGGAAGAGAAGCUUAGCGAUGAUGAAGAGAUGAGUAUAGUAAAGGAAAGGAGAAGGGAUGAUGAUGACAGUAAAGAGGACAUUAAAGUGAAAAGGGAAGACAUGCUGGACAACGAAGAGGAUGACAGCGGCGUGGCAGAUGAUGAGAUAGUGAGCGAAGACGAAGAGGAGUUCAAAGGAAGCCAGGUCAGGGACCCUAUGGAGAGGCCAAAACCAGCCCCAACGAAAGGACCCAGCAAGGACGUAGCAGAGGAGAGAACCCUGUUCAUCCGGAACGUGUCUUUCGAUGCCACAGAGGAGGACAUCGGCAAGGUUUUGGAGAAGUUUGGAGAGCUGAAGUACGUCUUGAUAUGCAUGGACAAGAUGACUGACCACCCUAGAGGCACUGCAUUUGCUCAAUUCAAGGAAAGAGAAGCAGCUGAUGCAUGUCUUGCUGCAAUAACCGACCCCCUGAAGAAGGAGGAAUUUCUUGUAUGCGGCCGAUAUAUGCAUGCCAUGAAGGCCAUCAGCAGGAAUGACUUAGAUGUUAAAACCAAGGAGAAGAAAGAGAAGAUCCAGAAAGACAAACGAAACCUUUAUCUAGCACGUGAAGGAUUUAUUCGUGAGGGAACCCAAGCAGCAGUAGAUGUAUCCAAGACAGACCUGGCACUGCGCGUUAGGCUGACGCAGGUGAAAAAGAGACUAUUGAAAAACCUGCACAUGUUCAUCUCUCCCAAUCGCCUGUGUGUGAACAACCUGCCAGAGGAGCUGACUGAUAAAGAGUUCAAGGAGAUAUUUAUUAAAAAUUCACCGAAAGGGGCUAAGAUAACAGAGGCUCGCAUUAUGAAGGACUUAAGGACCUUAUCUGAUGAGGGUAAUCCUGUGAGCAAGGGAUAUGGUUUCAUAUCAUUUGCAGAGCAUGAGCACGCACUGCAAGCCCUGAGGAAAGUCAACAACAACCCUGAUAUAUUUACAGUGUUCAAGAGGCCGAUUGUGGAAUUUUCAGUCGAGAAUCGGGCCAUCCUCAAUGCACGAGAGAAGAGGAUGGAGAAGAGCAGGGAGAUGAAUCCCACUUGGAAGAACAGCAAGAAGGCACAGAAGAAAAAUGCAGAGGGCAAGAAGAAAGGUGAAAAGAAAACAGGGGACAAAGCCAAGCCAGCAGCUGCCAAGAAGGCCGGCAAAGUGCCCACUGAUGCAGAGGGAGCCCAACUGCCAGCCUUUGUUGGAACGAAAAGCAACGCUAAGCAAGGAACUGGUGGAGCCAUAAUGGGGAAUCUAGGACCAAAGGUCCGAAACCGCGACAAGGGCCAACCCCAGGGAAAGAUCACCCGCAGAAAAUACAGACGGGAGAUGCAAGACCGUGCUACAGGAAAGAAACGGAAACGUCCUCAGGUCGAUGCGCCCGAAGAGGCAGCGGCACCAAUUAAAAAAGCCAAAACUAGUACAGAAGGAAAGGAAGGAAAGAUGAAGAAGUUAAAGAUGAAGAAAAAGGUGAACAAGGAAAUGAAAAAUGCCAUGAGAGAAGAUGCAGCGUUUAAUAAGAUGGUAGCAAAAUACAAACAAAAGAUGUCUUCUGUAGGGCCUAAAGUCCCUGCUAAGAGAUGGUAUGAAGAUUAGCUUCAUAACUAAAAAAAAAAAUAGAAAUCAAUACAUUUUUAUUUAUGUUAACUAUUAAUAAAUUUUCAUCCUAUUGUUGUUGUAUACAUUGUCUUAUAUACAAUAUAUUUUUGAAAACCCAGGGAAAUGUGGUGAUUUUGGAGCAGUGUUGCAAGUAUAGUUUGGUCUUGCAAAAGCUUUGAUGAUAUACUAUAACAGUUCUUGUUAUAGUUUUCACUUCCUAAUAUGUUAGGAAAAUUAUAUAUACAAAUGAAUGGAGAUGUAAAGUAACAUCCUGUUGUGUUGUUGAUAGUAUUUGUCAUUUAAUAACUCUCCAGUCAUGGGGAGUUUGUCAAGUUUUCAGAUAAAAUACUUGGUGUGUUAUUAUUUGAUUAUUAUUGUUAUUUUUGUUAUAUUUAUUAUUAUAAUUGUUUUAUUUAGUUUUGGGUUUAUUGAUUUAUUUAUAAUUAUUGUUAUUAUUAUUAUUUUUUUUUUUAUUUUUUUUUUUAUUAUUAUUGUUAUUAUUAUUAUUAUUAUUAUUAUUAUUAUUAUUAUUAUUAUUAUUAUCUUAUCAAUAAUGCUUUUUUCAUAUUUAUACUAUUAUAAAGUAAUAUGGUGGUUGAGAGUCCAUGUACAAACAUCUAUUAAAUAUUUUUGACAUUU